CUGAGACCCCCGAUGACCACCGUGAACCGGAAAAAAUGUGGUGGCGGGCGGCAGAUCAGGGCCACUAUGUGCCCAAAAGUGACCCCAGUUUUUCAAAAAAAGCAAAAAGCAAAAGCUUACCAAGACUAUGGGUCAAGUCGCCGCUGCAUGCAAAAGCGGUGUGAUUGGGCGACUGGAAAGUGCGAUGAUGCAACAAGCACGAAGAAACAGCAAUAUAUGGUGGCGACUCGAGCCUUCGGGCGAGCUAGCAAGCAAGCAUCCCAUUAUUUGCAGCGGGCACGCAUACUUUGUCUUCUCGCUCGGCCGAAAAAUAGAGGAGAUACAGUUCGAGUGUUGCCGGAUAUCAAAUAAACCAAAGCAGGUUUUAGAAACCUCCCAAAGCUCUGUUCGGCGCGACAAGUGGGAGAUGCUUGUGUUGCUUGUGUUGCUGCUUCUCUGCCAUGGACUCGGCAACACCCAUGGCUCACAGGACGACCACGCCGGCGACGGCGACAUGCUCUCGCUGCUGGAUUUCAAGAGGGCCAUCAACAGCGACCCAAAUGGAGCCCUGGCCUCGUGGAACACAAGCAACCCCUUGUACAGGUGGGCGGGGAUCACAUGCGGCCGGGCGCACCGGGGGCGUGUGAUCACAUCACUGGAACUUGCAGGCCAGGGCCUCAAAGGUGAAAUCACCUCCUCUCUUGGAAAUCUCACGUCUUUGAGGACGCUGAACCUGUCCAUAAACAGCUUCUCCGGCCGCUUGCCUCCUCUGGGCCGUCUCGGCAAACUGGAGGUCCUUGAUCUGAGCUGGAACUCGUUGCGCGAUGCUAUUCCUGAUGGAAUUGUCAACUGCUCCAGACUUCGUAUACUUGACCUCUCUAUGAACUCCCUAGUCGGUGAACUCCACUCUAAAGUUGGCUUACUUUCUGAUGAUCUCUUAGUUUUAAACCUAUACGGGAAUAGACUCACAGGAACCAUCCCACCAUCCCUCGGCAAUAUGACUCACCUAGAACAACUCGAUCUAGGAAAUAAUAGUCUGUCAGGAAGUAUACCACGUACCUUGGGGAAUCUCCAACAGCUCACAGUGAUGGAUCUUAGUCACAACAAUCUCGAAGGUGAUAUACCAUCCAAUUUGGGAGACCUUGGUCUACUCCAGCACCUGGAUCUUAGCGACAACAAAAUUAAAGGUAUCAUACCUUAGGAAAUCAUUCUGUAUGUGCACAAUAUCGAGCUCCACCAUCCAGUAAUAGUCGUUUCAAGGUUCAGUACGUGUAGAUCACAAGUUUGCUCCAGCAAUCUCACUGCGCUACGGUAGACUAGAAGCGAACCUCACAUGAGAAAUACAUGUAAUUCACUGUGAGCUGAUUGCUCUGAUGUAAAGAUCCCAUAAUCUCAUUUUUGUGGUACACCUUCCUGGUAUAUGUUAAUGACACGAAAAGCGUUUCUUGUUUGCU